AUGCCCAAAUCUGCGAAUAUCGCAGACGAAUACGAUUUCGUUGAUCAUCAAGACACUGCACUGAGCCCAGAGAGCGUUGCUGAGCUGAGAGAAUGGCUCCAGCCUACCGACUACCUCGCCGAAAGCUCAGAGUAUCGUCGUCAUCUGUUAUCGCAGGCUCCAGGGACUGGACUCUGGAUAUGCGAAACAGAAGAGUAUCGCAAAUGGCAUGAUUCUCCCGAUCAUGGCAGUAUCUGGAUCAAAGGCGUGCCUGGCGCGGGCAAGUCUGUAAUGGCAGCCAGUUUGAUUCAGCAUCUGCGAACGACUGAGAAUUGUCCCGUUCUAUUCUUCUUCUUCCGAAACAUCGUCGCUGCGAAUUUCUCACCACGUGCCCUGAUCCAAGAUUGGCUUGCUCAACUACUGCCUCAUUCUCCCAAGCUGCAGUUUGCUCUUCAACCGCGACUCCAGGACAGCUUAGAUGACACCUCAGACAAUGAGCUCAUUCAACUCUUCAUUGAUGGUGUAGCAUGUGUCCCCAAGCUGUACUGUGUUGGCGAUGCUCUCGAUGAGAUGUCGACCGACAGCACGCCAAUCUUGGAGAGGCUCAACGGUCUUGCUACUCAUCGGCCCAGAACAUUGAAGUUGCUCAUGACCAGCAGACCAUCUCGGACCUUGCAGAGCACGCUACGAGAUUCAUCCAUCGUUCACAUCAGCCUGCAGCAGCGCCUUGUGGAUGUCGACAUCCAUUCAUAUCUCAAUCAUCGAUUUGACAAUGCGUCUACAUUGGAGCAUCAUCGUGAGGCGAAAAAGGACCUCAUCAACAUGGUUGCCGAGAAAUCAGAAGGCCUGUUCCUCUACGCCAAGCUAACCAUGGACCAAGUUGAAGAAUCCCUUCAAACCGAUGCAGCUCUCAACAUUAAAGAUCUCGAGGCAUCACUUCCGGUAGGUCUGGAGCAGACGUACACGAGCAUGCUGGCCAAGCAACGGGGAGAGCCUGGAGUUACUACAGAUGUUCAAGUCUUGAUCCUUGAAGCAGUCAUUCAUGCAUCGCGUCCCCUCCGAUUGAAUGAACUGGCGAGCCUCUUAAAGUGCGUUCGCCCUGACACCACCGAGCCCAGCGCCUUCAAAAGUUUGAUCGCAACUAGCUGUGGGCCACUGAUCGAGAUCCUCGAGGACGAGACUUUGCAGGUAAUCCAUCACUCUUUCACGGAAUUCAUACGUGGAGAUACUCGCAGCGCUUCCACUGUUGGUGCAUCUGACUUCCCAAUCAUCGACUCUCUUCAGGCACACAAGCAUAUGGCCAUGAACUGCCUUGUUUAUCUGCAGUCCGGAUCACUGCUACUGGAGAGCGAACAAUCCAACAACUCAACUGUCGACCCGUCGGUGACAUUCGAAACACCCAGACACAAAAUCGAUCAUGAUGCGUGGCAUUACAGGCAUGAGCACCUCGGUCUUCGCGACGAACAUGAUGCUUUCGAGUACAGACCAGCUCGCCUACGACAUCAAUUCCUCAGCUAUGCGGUUGAGAAUUGGCCAUACCAUGCUUCGAACUACGACGUGGAUGAUGACGAAUUCUUCAAGACCAUCAUGGACUUUCUCAACUCUAACAGCCUUUCGUUUCUUCGAUGGCUUGUCCUGCAAUGGGGAUCAACAUCAAGCGAUAAAGGGUCACUGAAAGGGAUACCUACGGGUCUUCACCUUGCAGCCUUUGCAGGGCUAACUCAUUUCGCCUCCCAGCUACUCAAACAAGGCGUGUCAGUCUCGGCAGUUGAUGCUCAAGAGCGGGUUCCAUUACAUUGGGCAGCAGCUAAUGGCCACCAUAAAGUCGCCACGCUCCUCAUUCAAUACGGGGCCAAUCCCGAUGCCGAAGACGGAAGAGGGCUGAAACCCAUCCAUCUCGCAACCUUGAAGAAUUACGCUAAGGUUAUGACCGUCUUACUCGAAGCAGGUGUUAAACCAAACACGAUAAAAACAAGGGAAAACCGAACAGGGCGUCUCCUAGGCGGCGAAAGAAUCACCAAAGGUGAAUGCUCCAUAUACUAUGCCAGUCGAGGAGGACACACAGAGGCAAUUACUGUCAUGAUACCCUUCUGCGAGCCACAGAUGCUGGAGCAACUUCUGUGCCAAUGCUGCCAGUUCGGUCGAGCAGAUGCAGUUCAAGCAAUCUUGAACAACUCGCCUGUCUCGCCCAAUGCAACUUACGAAGGGGCGACAGCAUUGUAUUUUGCUUGUGCCAUGCCCGAUGUCAAGUGUGUCGAAGCGCUCAUUCGUGCAGGUGCAGAUGUGAACAAGACAUCGCAAUGGCAACCGAGACGACGGAUGAAUGGCCCACGUCCCCAGAAACGGGAAGAUGCAACACCGCUACACCACCUUGUAGAGGCCUGGGAAGAUAAGAAUGAUUCCGAUAGCCAAGAGGCCCUAAGAAUGUUGCUGAAAGCUGGCGCUGACCUUGAACGGUUUGAUGGCCAUGGAAGGACUCCUUUGAUCAUUUCAGCACAAGACCCACGAUAUUCCGACGAAACUCGAAAUCAUCUACCGGCCCUGAGGGCCUUGGUAAGAGCGGGCGCCAACGUCAAGGUCCUUGGCCAGCCCCCGAGUACGGAUACGAUGCUGCACCAAGUUCUUGAACACAGCAGGGACUUAGAAGUGGUUAAGCUUCUUGUGGAAUAUGGGUGCGAUCCGAUGCAGAAAAACGAGAACGGAGAAACUGCUCUGAAGAGAGCUGUAUCUCACACGAGUUCCUACAAGCCAGAAUGCGACUCCAGAAAGAUGGAUAUUGUGAAGUAUCUGCUGGACCAAGGUGCGGACCCCUGUUGUAAGGAUAAGUACGGAAGAACGCCAGUCGGCGCCGCGAUGUCACAUGGGCCUGAUCUAUUCAAAGUUCUGUUCGAGAGGUCCACCGACACGUCCGUAAAGCAACACUGUUGGUUCAAUCUGUCAAGCAUAAGUGAUGUAGGCAAGUUCACUCACUAUCUCGAACUUCUGCUUUCCGAGGGGAUCGACAUGGAGAUGGUGGACUCAGAUGGCAAGACUCUGUAUUUGAAUUGUAUUGGGUACGGUAAAGAACGACUGCUCAUUCUGAAAGAUCACGGUGCACGGACAGAUGUCAGAGACUCCAACGGGAAUAAUGCAUUGCAUCGUCUCUGCUUCUAUGAAAACAGGCGUACAGAGGAAAUGAAAAUGCUUAUAGACGAUGGAAUCGAUCCGCUUGCCAUCAAUAACAACGGGGAUACGCUUUUGCACCUUGUUGCAAAAAGGUACGACGGUACGAGAGAAACUGCCGACCUUCUUGGUUGGCUCCUCAGUUUUGGUAUUCCAGUCAACGCUGUUAACAAUCAGGGUGCCACUCCUUUACACGUGUUCCAAACACGCGGACGUACAGGGAGUACCUUGCUCGACAACAAACGCACUAACUUCUUGGAUGUCCUCAACAGGACCGGCGAGGUCGACCCGCAGAUCCGCGAUAAUGAUGGACUGUCACCGCUUCAUCUAGCAGUCAUGAGAUCAGAAGUUGAAAUGUCCGAACUCAAGAAACUUGGGCUAGAUUUGAACUUUUUGACUUCUGACCAGCAAAACGUCCUUCAUCUGGCAUGCCGAGCUCGCAAAGCCAGCCUCGUUGCCCAGAUCCUGGAAACAGUUCCCAAUAUAGACAUGAACCAGGAAGACCAAUUUGGCAGAACACCACUCCAUUAUGCCUGCAGUUCUGGCGACCCCGAGAUUGUUGCCUGGCUUUUACGCUACGGCGCUUCGACCUACACCAAGGCAAAUGAUGGUUCUUCUGUCUUGCAUGCUUGUGCGGAUAUCAGAAUUGAGCAGAGCAUAUGGAACCUUCAAGCACGAGAGUCUCUAUGGCUUCGAAGACCAAGCGUUGACCCACUUCGGCCUCUUGUUGGUAACGAUUAUGUAAGAGAGCCUUGGUAUCAGGCCAGAUACUCUACUCCUGAAGUUGAUGUUCAGAGAAAUACGUCGCCAGGAGUUGUUACCAUCAUUAAAAUGCUAGUUGAGCAUGGUGUUGACCUCGGCUGGUUAGAUGAUCGCAAACGAACAGCUCUGGAUGUGGCUCUCUACACAGGAUGCUCUGACUUUGCGGAAGUCUUUUCUGAGGAUGAAGAACUUCUUAACCUGGCUACAGUCGAGCUGGAAAAGGAAAAUGACGGCGACAAAGUGGAAGAAAUGCGGAGGGGCAUCAAGUUACAAAUGCUUCUGAUGUGCCCGAGAUCUUGCUGGGAUACCUUACGCCAAUACGAAGAGGGGCCCAGGAGUCUCAUGGACAGUCCUCAAACCUUCCUCGGUCUCCUUUCCGUCCGUGAUGCUGCGAAACUGAUGGACCAAUGCGUUGAAACUGCGCCAUUGGCAAUGGGAACAUACAAGUUACUCGAGAAAAUGAUGAGACCGAGUAACUGCCAAACUAUCAAUCAUCUCUCUGUUAUCGAGCAUGCACCGGGGCUUGUCAAGUUCUACAGCAAUUACGAGAACGCCAAGGCAAAGCUUGAGAAGGUGACCCUCGAGGAGAGUUGGCACCCAAAAUCCCUUAUGACUGCGCUCGGCCUGGCAUGCUCCCAAGAAGAGUCAAACAUUCUUACGUUGAGAUUACUCGUCGAGACAUUGAAGGUUGACGUCAACGCUAAAUUUGCAGUGUCGACUGGCGAUGGGUACGACAAACGCAGUGGCGUCACCUCCGGUGGGACGGCUCUGCAUGUCCUUGCCGAGGCAAAUCAUCACUGGCAGUUGGGAGGCUUGAGAUAUCUGAUUGACAAUGGAGCCAACGUCAAUGCCCUGGACAAAGAUGGACAAACACCAGUUCAUGUUGCAGCUGGAGGGUUAGUCCAUGAGAACCGCGAUGUGAAAGGUCUAGCGAGGCUACAAGCUGUGAAGAUACUUCUUGACAAUGGAGCUGACAUCAACGCCCUUGACAACCACAAACUGACUCCCCUACAUAAGGCAUCGAAUGCACCAGAUGUCACAAAAGAACUGCUCAGUCGAGGUGCAGACGCAACCAUAGGAAAGGAAAGCCCUUUAUUCGAAGCAAUUUUCGACCAGAACCAGGAAGUAUUGGAAGCACUCCUCAACCAUGGGUCGAGUCCCGACACACUGAGCGAAGCGAAACAUAGUAGAAGCGUGCAUUACAACCUGACUAAGUCACGCCGCGUCUAUCCUGUUCUUUGCGCUGCCUUCGCUGAAAAGCUCAAUUCGCAAGUUGUCAACACAGUGCCUUUGCUACGCACUCUCAUUGGGCAUGGAGCAAAUCUCUAUCUACCUCUGAACGAUGAUGAGACAUUGGUCCAUUUUCUCUUUGUGUACCCAGACUAUGAAGUUAUCAAUGAGCUUCUGAAGCAGCCUUGCGCGUCACAAAUCGACUUCAACCAUCGCGACCAACGGGGCCAGACUGUUCUUAUGGCUGCUUGUAAUUGGCGGGAGACUUUACCUGGGUUCUCUCAUAGACAUUGGGAAAAGCUCCCGGCAGGACCUCCUGUGCGGAUGCUGGAUCUUGGAGCCGAUGCAACCCUCGUUGACAAUCUUGGCAAGACAGCGCUCCAUCAUCUGCUGAGUAACCCUGGCUUACCUGAUGAUACCCUCGUUGAGUUCAUAAAUCGAACAGAGGUCGCCCCAACCCUCUUUCAGAAAGAUCAGGAAGGAUACUCACCACUUCACUAUGCUCUCCGACUAUUGCGCCCUCAAGUCUGUGAAGAGCUUCUCACGAAGGGAGCUGACCUGCUUCAGCCCGAUCUACAAGGCCGCACAGCUCUUCACUACAUAGCCUCGCAAUGCCUUCUCAAUACCCGAGAACCUGGAUCCCCAGGUCGACUGAAUAUCGAGCUUGGUGACGACUACUUCAAUCAGUGCCAUGCUCUGUGGAAAAAGUUCAUUGUCCAAGGAGGUUCCAUCAACGGUCCCGACAACGCUGGAAACACGCCUCUGCACACAUACCUCUCUUCACCAACAAAUAACGGUUAUAACACUCACCCAGAAUCAUGUCAUACUGACCACUACGCAAUUCUGUUCCCGGAAGAUAGCGGCGUGGAUAUUUUUGCGCUGAACAAAUCAGGAGAGGGAGCGCUUCACAUGAUUGCCGGGAGAGUGAAUACCUAUAGCACGGUUGAUGGACAUGACAAGAAAUUGUUUGUUUUGAUGAUGAAUAAAGGUUUAGAUCCACUGAAGGAGGAUGAGAGGGGAAGAAGCGCGUUGGAUAUUGCGAGUGCUUGUGAGAAGGAUGAUAUUGUUGGCUUACUUGGGAGGAAGUGAGGAAAGUAAUGAGAAUACUAGGUAUAAGUUCGAAGGUCCAUAUCUGCUGCUCUCCAAUUUAUUCCGUAUACGGCAAAAGUUCAAGCAUGUCUAGCUUGCGACUCAUGCAGAUUCUAAGACAUAUACGCGACAAUCACU